UCCAUUGGGACUGCCAUAGGAUGGGUCCAAUGAUGGUGGGGAGCAAUUCUAUAUAACUGAUGCUAAAGUCGGACGUCUCUGCAUAAUCUAUCAGUGUGUGAUUCUUUGAACGUCAACCUGUCCAACUGCCUUAAUCAAGAUGACGUGGUCGACGCUGGCCGUCGUGGUGAUUUUAGCAGUAAUCGCAAACGUGGACUCAGCUAUUAAUGAGGCACGACCACACAGUAACAGACCAGGAAGAUUUUUGUCCUUGCCAGUACCACAAAAAUGUGCAAACAGACCAAAGGAAUUCAACUAUAGAGGACACAAUUAUUUCUUCAGUGGUCAUGUACCACAGCAUUCAUCCCAGAGAGUUGAUUGGUUAGAUGCCAGGAACAUCUGCAGGGAAUACUGCAUGGAUCUUGUUUCCAUAGAAACACAAGAAGAAAAUAAUAUGGUUUUCAAACUCAUUAAAUCAAAUGACGUGCCCUAUAUUUGGACAUCCGGUCGUCUCUGUGACUUCAAGGGCUGUGAAAAUCGUCGUGACUUGGAACCAAAAGCAAUCAAUGGAUGGUUCUGGUCGGCAAAUAGAGCAAAAUUAGCAGCAACAAAUCUUCUUCCCAAUGGUUGGACAUAUAAUCCAUGGUCAAAAACAGGCCACAAGAAACAACGUCAACCUGACAAUGCUGAAUUUGACAUUAAUCAAACGACAGAAUCUUGUUUGUCCGUUCUCAAUAAUGUUUAUAAUGAUGGAAUUGCUUGGCACGAUGUUGCUUGCUAUCAUGAAAAACCUUUCAUUUGCGAAGAUUCCGAGGAGCUUUUGAAUUAUGUCGCAGGCACUAAUCAAGGAAUUCGUCUUUAAUUUCAAAUCUUCAUAAUCCGCUUCUUAUCAUCUUCAAAUCUUUUUUAUUGUUUUUUUUCCAAACUAUCAAGAUUUCGUUUCCUUCAAUAUAUAUAUAUAUAGAUUUUUUUACUUUGAGUUUUUAUUCGUUUUCUUUUUAUAUUCAAAUAAUUCAUUACUUUACUUCCUAUCAAUUUCUAUUUUAAUUUUCUUUUUUUUUUAUCAAUUUCUGUUUUAAGAAUUUUUUUUUUUUUAAGAUUAGCGAGAGAUGAUCCUUUUGUGAGUGAUCAGCAAUCCAACAUGUGUUUCAUAGCUGUAGAAAUCACAAUAUUCUCAGAGAGAAAAGAAAACUACUUUUAUACUUCAGUUUUUAUAUGUAAUAUGAUCGAUUAAAAAAAAAAAAGAAGAAAAUUAUUGAUAAUGUACACAUAUUUAUUGAUAUUCACUGAUUCGUCUCUUGUAUAAAUAAAUUGUGACUUAUAAGGAGAAACGAAAGAUAUUUUUUUUUUUUACAUCAUAUAGAAGAUAAGAGACAAAUUGUACCUAAUAAAAAUAAAGGAUUUAGUACACAUAUA